AUGGCGUACACCGUCCUCCGUCGGACGCCCUCUCCGGAAGUCUACAUUCACCUCCGCACAGUCUGCCUCUCACCGAAGACAGUAGAAGCUGCAACGAAAGGCCUCGCAAACUCCCUGUUCUCGGUCCAGAUCCUCAAAUCGGAAGACUCCCUCUCCUCCUCGAAUCCAGACUUCCCAAAGGAAGAAGAUGUGGUGGCAAUGGGUCGAGUCACAGGCGAUGGUGGUUGCUUCUUCGAGGUCGUGGACAUCUGUGUCCUACCAGAACAUCGAGGCAAGGGACUCGGCAAGCUCGUCAUAAAAGAGAUCAAGGAAUGGCUCGAUGAGAAUGUGCCAAAGAGCGGUUUUGUCAGUCUGUUUGCUGACUAUGAUGCUCAUAAGCUCUACUCUCAAUUUGGUUUCAAGCCGUACACAAUUGGCACCGGAAUGAUGAUUCAAUACUGA